GCACUGCGUCAACGCAAAAAUAAAGUUAAAAUGUUAUUUUAGCGGAAUUAAAAAUAUAUUUGUAAUUAUUGUUUUUAUUUAGUAUAUAUUAGGUACUGUAAUUUCUGUUGAUAGUAGUAUUUUUCUUAAAAACGCGAAACAAAUUUCCCGCUCUGUGAUUGGCUUCUUGAUCGAUCUUCGCCAAUAGAACCGCAUCAAAGUGGAAGAGGAACUUCUUCUUAACGAGUUUGUUAUUCCAAAAGAUCAAUGGCCUUUGCUCAACAAGUGAAGCCAUCACAGGUGACCCAAUUGUUGCCUAAUGAGGUGGUUACCGAGCAACAAUCAAUUGUUGUCGUGAAGAAGCUUUUGGCCAUUGCAGUUUCUGCCAUUACAUACCUCAGAGGGAUAUUCCCUGGAAAAGCCUAUGGGACCAAAUAUGUGGAAGAUCAGCAGGUGAUGAUCCUUACAGGGGGGCGGAACUGUCCGGGUGCUGGUCAAAUAAUUGAUUGGAUGCAGGGCUGCUUCGAUGCCAUCCAAAAGAAAUUUCUGCGGACAGUCAUCAUGUCUAUUUACACUGACCCAGAGAACCCCCAGAAAGUGACGGAGUAUUACCAGUUUAAGAUCCAGUACACUUCAAACGGGGCUCAGAUGGAUUUUGAAAGCAACAACAACCAGAAGUUGUCAACGACGGCGUGUGGAAACACUAAGAAAGCCAGCAUCCUGCUGGUGAGGAAGCUCUACACGCUGAUGCAGAACCUGGGUCCUCUGCCUGAAAACGUUUGCCUCAACAUGAAGCUGACCUACUACGAUGAUGUCACCCCUCAGGACUACCAGCCGCCCGGCUUCAGGGAGGCUGAUGGCGACGUUCUGGAAUUUGAGCAGGAACCGGUCAAACUGACCAUGGGGGAGGUGGCCACCCCCUUCCACUGUGUGAAGUUUGACAUGGCCACAGAGAAACACCGACUGGAGCAGGUGGAGGAGAGCAUCUCUGUGGAGGAGAAGUGGGUCAUGAAGAUCCAGGAGGGCGGAGUCUUGACUGAGAGUUAUGUGUCUAAAGAAGAUGAGGAGGUUGACAACAAGAACACAGAGGUGGACACUGAUGGACCCGAAGAGAAGCAGGUGAACUGUCCAGAGAAGGCUGAAGACGUCACAGAGCUGGACACUUCGGUGAAGAAAAACUCUGACGUGGAGAUGAACCUGAAGCGGACCCGGAGUGGGCGUGUGAUAAAAACCAUUUUGGAAGCAAAGGUGAACACCAAGCCGGCAAAAGCAGUAAAGGACAAACCGGUUUCUCAGUACAACAUCCUCAGCAGUCAGGAAUCUGCAGGCGACUCUGCGGUCAAGAAGAAGAAGCGCAAAUUCAGCGAGCCCAAAGACCGCUUCUGACCUGACCGUCAGCCCGCCAAGUGUCCAUUUGUUCUCAUGUUUUUCUGUUUUUGAGGUUUGGUUUUAGCGGUUCAUGCAGUAAAUGUUUCAGUUGUGUGAAGUUUUUAAAAACCUUUAUGCUAAAAAGAUUUUAAAAAUAAGGUUUGUUUGGUGUUAUGAGUUUCUGGGUUCUAUUUGAAUAAAGUGCAACGAACAGUUGGA